AUGGCAAAAUCUAUACCAAAAAUUGGUUCACGUAAAACUGGACGUAUUGGUUCGCAUGUAAGAGGUCGGGUGAUUUCUUGGUCCUCCGCCGGUUCAUGUGGAUUCAAGGGUACACGAAGGGGGACACCAUUUGCCGCUCUAACCGCAGCGGGAAAUGCUAUUCAAACAGUAGUCGAUCAAGGCAUGCAACGAGCAGACGUCAUGAUAAAAGGUCCCGGUCUAGGAAGAGAGGCGGCAUUAAGAGCUAUUUCUGGAAGUCGGAUACGAGUAAGGGUUUAUACGGGAUGUAACCCCUAUGUCACAUAA